AUGCCUUCAACGAUUCCCGACAAUCCUACAUGUCUAAUUUCAGAAGAUCCAUUUUUAUCUCCUUUUAAACCUCUAUUAUCUUCUGCUCUGAAGGCAAAUGGUAAACUUUUCUUCUCCACCCCGAUGCUUUGGAAGCCAGACGGGAACAGUUCGAGCGUUCGGUCCGGCACACUGUGUUGUCGUUUGCCCAAUAAUCUUCCUCCAAGCAUUCGCGGCAGGCUCAUAAAAAUAGCCUACAAAGUGUUGAUCGUUGUACGAAUCCAGAAGGAUACCAAUUCACAAGUAUCAGUUCACCUUUUGCAACUUCCCUUUCGCGUUCUUCCUCCUUUACCUUUACUCCGCUCCUUGCACGUCAACGAGAAAACCGAAGCAGUUUAUUCUCACAGUAUUGCUCCUACCCGUGCCGACGCGGAUAAUCCGUUCUGGAUUCACAAAUCAUCCAAUGUUUACAACUUCACAUCAUCACCACUUGGACAAGGUGUUGCCAGCAAGGAUAACGUUGGUUCGUCCUCUGAUCUGAAAGUGGGUGCCAUCGGGUUGACUUGUCUUGGAAACGACAAUUUACCGGAAACUGUCGCAUCAUCGUUUUUAUCUACUUCGCAUGAUAAUGUCUCUGUUGACCAGAAUGGUUUGAAUGCGGACGUUGGAGCCUUGAGUUUACCGAGUUACACGGUUCACCCUGCGAAUUUCGUCAUAUCCUGUGCGCAUGGACACGUUACCCGCUUCUGCCUACUGCGGACAUUAUUUUCUCCUGGAGAUGUCAUCCACGGAUACUUUAACUUUUCCAAUUCCCAAGUAUCUUGCCUGGCCUGUACCGUCAGUUUGCAAAGCGAAGAACUGUGUUGCGUCCGCCCAGAUGAAACGCUUGUUGAUGUUAAACCACAAAGACCUGAUUCUUUAUUGCUGACCUCCUUCCCUUUGGAGCAGUACAGUGAACCUGAACGAUUGACGCCCAUAGCCACCGUCAGCACUGAUCAGACGAUCACCUGGUGUGAAAUGGAUCUCCCCUGCCUCGGUUACCAGCUUUUGCCACUCAGUUGUGCAAUACCCCAUCAUGUUACUCCACAGUUUUUCCUGUGCGCAAAACCUCCAUCUCAGCUUGCCUUACUUUUUCGUUGGCGCUUACAUUUCGAAUUCCGUUUGGUUCCUAAAUCUUCCCCCGUGGUCAACAAACAGGAGCGAUUUUCCUGGACUCUUCCUAUUCACUUGGUAUCACAUCUUCCCGCUUCUGAUCCUCCUGGUUCCCUCCUUUUACAGAAGAUCUGACCACCGCUUUAGUACCUUACGAUUACUACCUUGUGGGCUUUGAUUAUGUUGUAGUUGUUACAGAAAUUACUUGUAUUGUAACUUAUAUUUUUCGCUUGUUUGUUUAACGACUUUUUGUUUUGGGUUUCCUUUCACUAUUCCUGCUUCACUUAGCAACUGACUGCAUAUAAGAUGGUGGUGUAUAGUGUUUGUUUUGUCGAGUUCAUUUAGCUUUUACUUGCGUCACCCUUACUCAUGCAUAUUCGUCUUUAGUGUUC